AUGACCACCGCGACGAUAUUUAUUCGGGAUCGUGAACUCAAGUCAAUGAAGUGUCGCGCCUUGUCGGAUACAUGUGCUACCGCCAAUUUCAUUUCCGAGGGUCUCGCGAGACGUCUAAGGCUCCCUAUAACAACACGCGCAUUGCCAGUCGGUGCAAUCAAUUCAAUGAACACGACUUCGAAAGGUGUCAUUCGAAUCACUAUUCAAUCGCUACACAACUUAGUUCCGUCGGAAACUUUCCCGCGAGAUUCCAUCACAAUACCGUCCAAUAUAAAAUUAGCUGAUCCAGAGUUUCAUUUGCCGCGUCCUGUUGAUUUGCGGAUUGGUGCGGAGGUGACAUUGUCGUUAUUCUCCAUAGGCCAGAUCAAUUUAUCGAUACGAGAUAACGAUUUAUAUCUACAAAAUACUUGUCUCGGCCGGGUCGUUGCGGGCGGAAGCUCGUCGCGGAAUCAGCCGAAAACUGCGAUAUGUAAAUUAACUGGUCUAGAUCAACAGAUCGCGAGAUUCUGGGUGAUUGAGGAGAUAUCUGAUCCCACCGUUACGCCGAAAUCGAACGAGGAAAUCGAAUGCGAAGAGCACUUCACUAAAUUUGUUACUCGUAACCGUGACGGUCGAUAUACAGUGAGACUACCAUUUCGCAGGGAUAAGAUGAGCCUUGGCGAUUCGCGAACCGUCGCGCUCAAACGUUUAAAUUCGCUCGAACGGAAGCUCGAUUCAGAUCCAUUGUUAAGGGCCGCCUAUUCGCAAGUAAUACAGGAGUAUUUAGAUCUGAAACAGAUGAUUCCGGUGAAUAACCCUUCCAAUGAAGGAUUUUAUAUGCCGCACCAUGUGGUAAUCAAAUCAUCGAGCAGCACGACCCGGGUUCGUGUCGUGUUCGAUGCAUCGGCAAAAACGAGUAAUGGCACAUCGUUAAACGAUAGACAUAGAAAAAUGUAUAGGCAGAUAUUGUUGCACGAGGAUGAUCAGAUGUACCAACGAAUACUCUGGCGCCAGAACGAUCAAAUAAAGACUUUGCAACUUAACACCCUUACAUUCGGCGUAUCCUCGUCGCCGUAUCUGGCUAUACGAACCAUUCAAAAACUAGCCGAUGAUGAGCACGACGCGUAUCCUGACGCCGCCCGAGUUCUCAAAACGCACUUAUACGUAGAUGACUUACUUACAGAGGAUAACCCGGCCGACGCGCUAUCACGGGGUCAGUUACCGCAGGCUUUCCUGAAUAACCAAUCAUGGUUUUCCGGACCAUUGUGGCUAACGAAAGAGGAAGGCGAACGGCCUAACGGUAUCGUAGAAUUAAAGGAAUUACCCGAAUUACGAAAAAAUAUAU